CAGAGGCAGUGGGUUCCCAUCCAGCGUGUGUUGAUCUUUCACCGCUAUAAUGUCUGCUGGACGUGGAGAGACUUCUCAGCACAGAUUGUGUUAAUAUGGAAAGUGAAACGUGGAAACCACCUCAAAGUCCAGACAGCUGUGAUGACGACUGAAGGGGCUGAUGGCAGUGGAGCAGAGAUGGUUUGGGAGUCAUGACUGCUUUCAUUUGGAUGCUUGCAUUGCUGCCUCAGGUGCUGCCAGCUAUGAGUGAACUCCCCCCGCCCACCAAUCUGAACGUGGACUCAAGACAUUUCAGUCAUGUGCUGACAUGGGAGCCUGGAGCAGGGACACCCACAGGAGUCUACUACAAUGUCACCAUUUGCACAGACACGGGGACAUCGUGGAUACCAGUGUCGGGCUGCCAGCACGUCCAGCGUCCUCUGGUUUGCAAUUUGACAGAGGCCCUCUACGACAAAGAACAGGUCUACUUUAUCCAGAUUAAAGCGGCAACACAGAACUCACGGCCAUCCUACAAAAGAUUUCAACCAAUCAGAGACACUCACCUGGACCUGCCGCUGCUCAAUGUGACUUCCUGUGGAAAAGAUUUGUGUGUUGCCCUCCAGCCUCCAGUGGAGCACCUUAGGGAGAUCUAUGAUUCUCUGAAUUAUAAACUCAGGAUUACGAGCAACAACGCAGACAGAUCUCAGUUCUUUAAGGAAACAAAGUCUUUGAAGGGAGAAAUUUUCAAGGAUGUGGCCUCUGGCAGACAGUACUGUGUCUCAGUCUGCUUCUCAGACAGCAAGGUGCCCAGGAAGUCCAACUACAGCCAGCCUGCAUGUGCUUACACCUCUGUCCACCACACAGCAGACCUCUGGAUCUCAGCAGUGUUGUGCAUUUUGGUGAUUUCUUUAGUUCUGGCCCUGCUGGUCUAUAUUGGUUUCAUCCGUCUGAUGACGAGGCCACUGCCAUCAGUCCUGACAUCCAUCCAUCACAACGAAGAGGUUCUGGUCGUUCCAUACUGCAGAACGCCCUUGUCUUCUGUUUUGAAUCUUAAACCAACACUGCCCUCUUCAGUUGAAAAGAGGAGUAGCCAAAUAUCAGAUGAGAGCGACAGAGAGAGCUUAACGGAGACCACCGGGGGGUGCAGAGGUGGAGGUUAUAACUUGCGAGGUGGCACUAACCCCCUCUCUUCCUCCUCUUCAUCUUCAUCCUCUUUGUCAGUUCCUCCAUCUGCUGAGCCUGAACUGCCACCAGACUUUUCCUCAGAGCAGACAUCAGUCUUCUGCCAUCCCCAGCGUGAACCCUUGAUUUUAACAGAGACACAGUCCAAUGCUGGAUUGAACCUACACACAGAUUCUGCACUGAUAUCAGAACAGGGCUCUGGUAGCUGUCCGGCAGACACUGACCCUCUGAUUGCAGGAGGAAACCAGCCAAAUGGGAAGGAGAGGAAAAUGGUGGUAGAGGGGGACAGCCAGGAUGUGAACCUCCUUACAUUAAUCUUCGGCAGGCAGGGGCAUGGGCAUGGGGAGGAAGAGAAAGAGAUGGAUAAAACACAUUUUGACAUGGCUGAGGUAGAGCCCGAGUCUUCCUCUGUUUCAGUUGUGAAUGACAUUCUGCCCUCACAAAGUAGGGACAAUAAGGAAUUUGCCAUAGAAACUCUGUCCUGCUCUGUCGAUGAAGAGGAGGAGGAAGAGCACUCUGGAUAUAUGGGGCGUGAUUCAGAGUUAUCAAAUAAUGACAAAGACCAAACAAUUUUGUUGAAAAAUCUGCUAAUUUCACCAUCACUGAGUUUAUAUUGUAUUGUGUCCUCCAUUGCAGUGGGGUGUGUUUCCCUCCAUGCACCUUCCAAUGUCUCCAUUUUCUCCUUCAACAUGGAACAUUUGCUCAGUUUCGUGCCGGGCCCCAAGACCUCCGACACCCACUUCACUGUUCAGAUCCUCAGCCUCAGGAAGAACAUUUGGCGACCAGUGGUUGCUUGUUUGGAACUGAAAGCCGGACAGACGUGUAACUUGACCCAAGCAUUUAAGGACCCGUUUGACCACUACAGAGCCCGCGUCCAGGCCGUCAGCCCCACCCAGACAUCCAACUGGACCCAGUCAGGGUUGUUCCAGCCUCUGUCAGACACGGUGUUGGGGCCUCCUGAUGUGUCUGUGUCCGGCUGUGGGAACUGUCUGCUCCUGCAGCUCAGAGCUCCUACAACCAGAAGGCUCCAGCUGCUGAAGGACUAUUACAGAGGACUUUUCCUCCAUGUGCAAAGGACCAGGGAUGGUGUGCAAUUCACACUGAGUCUGCCGUACAAAGAGGAGAAUGUGAUCACGUACCUGCAAACAGGUGUGGAGUACUGUGUGACUGUCUCUGUGACGGUACUCUUCAACAGCAACACCGUCUCCAGUCAACCUUACUGUGCCUUCACCAGCCCUCCUCCCUCCAGAAGCUCAUUGCUCUUCAGCCUGCUGGGUGCCCUGUGUGCACUGGGCUUUCUUGUCAUUGGACUGGUUGUCUACAGUGGUGAACUGAGCAUUAAAUUACUGAGAAGUCUACCCAGAACCAGCAGUGCCAGAAUCAUGGACAUGAACCCACUGAACUCAUGUCAGAUGUAAGCUGUGGGGCAACAUAAAAGAGGCUCUGCUGUCUACCUUCUGACUGCACAUAGACCUGUUCAACCACUGAAGAGCAGCUCUCAGUGGGGAAAAGACUGUGGACUGGCAGUGAAGUCAAAUGUUUAAAGUGGAAGUGUUAAUAGGAAUUGGGGUCACGACGUGAGUGGAGGGAAAAUUUUAUGGUCUACUAUCAGAGUGAGAAGUUUUAGUAAAUUGCUAUAAUCCUGUUUUUAUGUUUGUAAUUCUAAGUUCCUCUCACUCUUGUAAUAUUUGUUUGAGAUACUGUCUGUUAUAGAAAUGUUAUGAGCCAGAUUGGAUCAAAUGAAGAGUUGCAUAAGUUGUAAAUCAACUUCAGAAAACACCAAACUGACUUACUGAUGCAUGAAACUCAAACUUAUCAACCAAAUCAUAUAGAAAUAGGCAUAAAAAGCAGCACACCCCAUGAGUUUAAGUUGUAUUACUGUAUACACUUAGAUAUUUCUAGAAUUAAAAGUAAAGAAGCAUCCAUCCUGUUGUUCUCCUUCUGUGACUCUUCACUUACUUACCUUUUACUGAAAAAGCAGACAUCAAAAACCUCAGGUAAAUAAUGGAUGGAAUACCGAGCCUGAAGCUAUCAAUGCAGCUAUCAGGUUGAACUCAAGACCAUGUUAUCAUGUUACUAAGACUCAGCUCAGCUUAUCAUCAAAAUCAAAGCAAAUAUUUGGAGAGAGAAAGAACAAACCUCUAAGGUGUACAGGCUGAUACUUUGUCUAAAUCACAGAACAAAUAUAGACUGUUCUGAGUCCUCAUUGCUCAGACUGUUUGUGUAUGAAUUUAACUAUAAUGUUUAAUAGUGUUGUGAGACUACAUGCGUUUUUCCAUAAGCAGCCAAUCAUGUAAAUAAGAGGCUGCCACUUUACUAUUAGGUGCAGCUACAGGUUGUAUCAUAAUGCUGCCAUGGUUAAAUCAUUUGGACUGAUUUAUUAUUCACGCAGUAAAUAAGCAUUUGUAUUUCAUAUAUCUUCUUUCAUAUACAUAUUGAAUGAUUCAAUGUGAAUCCAUUGUUGUAUUAAAAAUGUGAAAAAAUGCCUGGCCAGUCUCUUUCUUUCAGUGUCAGGACUGCCCACAUGUAUCCAUACGCAUGUCGUAUCCCUGCUGCCUCAUCACCCAGAGAGUCUGGCUGCAGACCUCCACCGUCAGGCCUGUUCCUCUGCAGACCUCCA